UUGGCCAAGGCUUUAUAUGACAACAAAGCUGAGUGUCCAGAUGAGCUAGCCUUUUGCAAAGGAGACAUCCUGAUAGUUCUUGAACAGAAUCUCCUUGGGAGUGAAGGUUGGUGGAAAUGUUCACUUCAUGGGAAGCAGGGCUUGGCACCAGCCAAUCGCCUCCAGCUUCUUACUUUGUCACAGGCUCCUUCCAUUGAACAAGAUUUUCAAGCACUGCCAACCAGCCCUUGGGCUACCUAUCAGGCUCCUUCCGCACAUGGAACUUCUGCCCCAUUAUCUGUCUAUGAAAAAAUGGAUGGUUGGAUUAAUCCGCCUUCAUCUUCAUCUUCUACUUUAUCAUUGCCCACACAAGAAGGGUACAAAGGACCAGCUCUGGCUGCUCAGCUGCUCAGUGAAAAGACCGAGACUUCAUCAAAUCAG